AUGGGAGUAACAGGUCUCUGGCCCAUCCUCGCGCCCUCCGCGCGUCCCACCCCGCUCCCGACACUCAACCGCAAGCGCCUCGCCGUCGACGCCUCCAUCUGGAUCUACCAAUUCCUCAAAGCCGUGCGCGACAAAGAAGGCAAUGCGCUCCGCAACUCGCACGUCGUCGGCUUCUUCCGACGGAUCUGCAAACUGCUGUACUUCGGUAUCAAGCCAGUGUUUGUGUUUGACGGGGGUGCGCCGGUGCUGAAGCGGCAGACGAUCCUAGGGCGGAAGAAGCGGAGGGAGGGCCGGAGAGAGGAUGCGGUCAGGACGGCGGGCCGCCUGUUGGCGGUGCAGAUGAAGCGGAGAGGCGAGGAGGACGACGAGAAGCGGAAGAGGGAGAGGGAGAGGGAGAAGGCGGGCCUGAGGAAUGAUGUCGAUGAGGAGGAGCCGCUGCCGAGACAGGAGGAUAUGGUGUAUGUCGGUGAGAUGGGCAUGUCGUCCGCGGAACGGCAACGCAACCGCCACUUCCGAAAGACGGAUCAGUAUCAUCUCCCCGAGUUGGAAAAUGGGAUCGAAGGCAUGGGACAGCCGAAUGAUCCGAGGAUUAUGAGUGCCGAGGAGCUGGAGGAGUAUGCGAGGCAGUUUCACAAUGGGGAGGAUGUUAAUCUGUAUGAUUUCAGCAAGAUCGAUUUCAAUGGCGAGUUCUUUUUGAGUCUGCCGGCCGGGGAUAGGUAUAAUAUUUUGAAUGCGGCGAGGUUGAGGAGUAGGCUGCGGAUGGGACUGAGUAAGGAGCAGUUGGAGGAUAUGUUUCCGGAUCGCAUGGCGUUCUCGAGGUUUCAGAUUGAGAGGGUCAGGGAGAGGAAUGAGUUGACGCAACGAUUGAUGAAUUUGAACGGCAUGAAUGGGGAGGAUGGGUUGUUUGGUGUUGGUGGUGGGAGGAUUGCGGGCGAGAGGGGAAGGGAGUAUGUUUUGGUGAAAAAUGAUGGUGUUGAAGGGGGGUGGGCAUUGGGUGUUGUGAGUACGGAGAAAGGGGUGGGCGAAAGGGAGAGGCCGAUUGAUGUGGAUGCUUUGCAUCAUGAGGUCCAAAAAGAUGAGGAAGAUGAUGAGGGAGAAGAAGAUUUUGAGGAUGUUCCUGUUGAAGGGCUUAAUCGACUUCCAAAGGCCAAACCCAAUCUCGAGCAGAAUUUGAGCUACAACGAUUUCCAGGCACGGGAAAUGGCGAAACAAAGACAGCAGAUUUCCGCUUCGACAAAUGGAGAAAGUUCAAGGUCGGCGAGAGUCCCGUCGGAAGAGCCUGGGUCGUUGUUUGUCGACGACGAGGCCGGUCCGUCAACGAGCGUUGAACUUGUGUUUAAUGAAGAGGAAGAAGAGCUCAACCGAGCUAUUGCUCUGUCGUUGCAGCAGGACGAUGUUGGCGAAUCAGACGAUGAGGAGCACCUCAGACAAGCCAUUGCACUCUCCUUGCAGAAGAAUCACCUCCGCUCUGAGCCAGAGGAUGAGGAGGACGAUUUCGAGGAUGUUCCCAUGCCAGAAUUUGAACAGAGGCCUGUUCAAGCUCCGAAGCCUAUCACCAGCUCUAGUGGUGGAAUGAUAGCUCAUAUUGUCAACAAUAGAGCUAAUGCUGCCGUUCCGAAAAGGCAGCCUGUUACUAUCGACAGUGAUAGUGAUAGCGAGAUGGAUUUACAAUCUGCCUUGGCAAAGGCAAGGAAGCAAAAAGCACCUGAGAAGAGAAUGCAACCCGCUCCCGUUGUUUCGAAUACCAAGAAUCCCUUUGACGGCCCUUUGCCGUUUGAGAAACUUGAUUUUGGGACUUCAAUUUUCAGCAAGAAUGGAAAAGCACCCGAGAACCCGGUCUCAGAUGCAGAGGAUGGAGAUGAAGAAGAUAUGGCUGGUGGGUUUGAUAAUGCCCUCCAGGAAGAAGCACCUCGACCUUUACCGCCAUGGAUGCUCGGCAAAGACGAUAUCAGAUCUCAAGUCGCGGUCCAGCGAGAGCGAGAUCUGGAAUUGGAUGCUGAGGAUAGAGAAAGGGCGUUGGAAGAAGAGCGAGAGUAUCGCAAGAAAUUUGCGCCAAUCGAGAUUGACAGUUCAGAUAACGAGAGCGAUGUUGAGAUUGUUGAUGCACCGCCGCCGAGGAAGAGCCCGACUGAGAAGUUGGAUGAGGUGGCCGAGGAUGUCAGGGCCGAACCACCUGUACCAGAAAUUCCGCAAAAUUGCCAGCCUUCCGUCGACGCUGUUGAGAUGCAGCAAGAAGAUCAGGCGGAGCAGGCAGAGCAGGGAGCCGAAGACGAGGAAGUUGAGUGGUCUGACAGCGAUUACGGAGACGCUGUCACGAAGUUUGCAAAAACAGUUGAUCCGUCACAUCCCGCAGGAGGUCGUACUGAUGUUGCAUCUUCGAAGUCGAAAUCAACCUCUCCUGAAUUUGAGGAUGUUGAGGUGCCGGAAGGUAAUGGUGGUGCCAAAAAGCAAUCAUCAGCACUGAUAUCCAGAAGCCCGAGUCCACUCUUCGAAGACGUCAAUAUGCCGGAUCCGACCUCUGAAUUUCCGUCAGAACCUCUUUCGGCGUCAAAGCCAAGCCAACUACCGGUUGAUGACUCGUUUGAGCGUCAACUGGAUGCUGAAUUUGACUUCAGCGAUCCUGAGGAUGAAGAGCUUCUUGCUCAACUAGCUAUCGAAGCUGAAGAACAUGCUCGGUUUGCUUCCACGCUGAACAACAAGUCAGAGCAAGAGAAUCAAGAGUCCUAUGAAAGAGAACUCAAGGCUCUACGGAACCAGCAAAAGAAAGAUCGUCGAGAUGCAGACGAAGUCUCACACAUCAUGAUCACGGAAUGCCAAGCUCUCCUCCGCCUCUUCGGCCUCCCUUACAUCACAGCACCAAUGGAAGCAGAAGCUCAAUGCGCCGAGCUCGUACGUCUCGGCCUCGUCGACGGCGUUGUAACAGAUGAUUGCGAUAUCUUCCUCUUUGGAGGCACCCGCGUCUACAAGAACAUGUUCAACAGCAAUAAAUUGGUGGAGUGUUACCUCUCCAAUGCCAUCGAAAAAGAAUUGUCUCUGUCCCGCGACCAACUAAUCGCCAUCGCCCAUCUUUUGGGCUCAGAUUACACCGAAGGACUCCCCGGCGUCGGACCCGUCACCGCCGUUGAAAUCCUCUCGGAGUUCCCUGCUGCAACUGGCUUGCAGGAAUUCAAGGACUGGUGGGCAUCCGUGCAACAUAAUCCCCAAGCUCUAGCGACCGAAAAAUCAACAUUCAGGAAGAAAUUCCGGAGGUCUCAAGCUACGAAAUUGUUUCUCCCCCCUGGAUUCCCUAGUCCCGCUGUCACAGAAGCGUAUCUAAAGCCAGAUGUCGAUUCCACUCCCGAACCAUUCCAAUGGGGCGUCCCGGACUUGGACCGACUGAGAGAAUUCCUGAUGGCGACAAUAGGCUGGUCUCAAGAACGUACUGACGAGGUACUCGUCCCUGUCAUUCGCGACAUGAACCGCAGGGAACUUGAAGGUACGCAAAGCAACAUUACACGGUACUUUGACGGUGCGGUUGGGACUGGUGCUGCUGGUAGCGGAGUGGUUGGGAAUCCAAAGGAGAAGCCGGUGGGGAGUAGAAGGAUGAAGGAAGCGGUUAAUAAGUUGAAGGCGAAGAAGACUCAGCCGAUUGGCGGGGAGAGUAGGACGUUUGCAGAUCAUGCGGUGGAGUGGGCGAAGAAUAAUGAUAUUGGCUGGACGGAGAGGGAGCAGGAGAAGCAUUUGAAGAAGAGCGGGAAGGGGAAAGGGAAGAGGAAAGUGCCUGUUAUUGGGGAAGAGGAUGAGGUGGCUGUUGAGGAAGUGGAGGUGGCAGACGAUGUGAGUGAAGAGGAAUAUAGAGAGCCGAGGAAAAGAAGGGAUAAAGGAAUGGCGAAGCGGAAAAGGACGAAGGUUUAA